AUGGUGAGGGCUCUUGUGAUCAUAAACUGCAUAAUCUUAGCCAUAGGAAACUGUGGAGGUCCUCUGAUCAUGCGUCUCUACUUCAACAACGGUGGCAAGAGCAUUUGGUUCUCAACAUUUCUUGAAACCGCAGGCUUUCCAGUCAUCUUCAUCCCUCUGCUCGUCUCCUACAUCAACCGGCGAAGCAAAAACACCAACGGAAGCGAGAACACAAGUUUCUUCCUCAUAAAGCCGCGUCUCCUUAUCUCGGCUGCUCUCAUAGGCAUUCUCUCAGGGUUUGAUAACUACUUAUACGCAUACGGCAUAGCUUAUCUUCCGGUUUCAACAGCUGCUUUAAUCAUUGCUUCGCAGUUAGCUUUCAUAGCCAUCUUCUCGUAUUUCAUGGUCAGCCACAAGUUCACUCCUUUUACCAUCAAUGCUGUUGUGCUGUUGACUGUUGGCGCUGCGGUUUUGGGAAUGCAUACCGAAACUGAUAAGCCCCUUCAUGAGACUCACAGGCAAUACAUCAUUGGGUUCUUGAUGACUGUAGCAGCAGCUGUUAUGUAUGCUUUUAUCUUGCCGCUAGUGGAGCUUUCUUACCAGAAAGCUAAACAACCCAUGAGCUAUACACUCGUGCUCGAGGUCCAGAUGGUUUUGUGUCUUCUUGCUUCUAUAGUCAGCCUCGUCGGUAUGAUCAUAGCUGGUGAUUUCAAGGCACUACCAAAGGAAGCAAGAGAGUUUAAGCUUGGAGAGCCACUGUUCUAUGUGGUGGUUGUGUUUUCAGCUGUAAUAUGGCAAGGAUUCUUCUUGGGAGCCAUUGGAUUGAUCUUCUGUGCGUCUUCUCUCGUCUCUGGUAUUAUGAUAUCGGUCCUUUUGCCCAUCACGGAGGUUUUAGCUGUUAUCUUCUACCAUGAGAAGUUUCAGGCAGAGAAAGGUCUUUCUCUUGCUCUCUCUCUUUGGGGUUUUGUCUCUUACUUUUAUGGUGAGAUCAAAUCUGAUAAGGAUAAGAGGAUUCAGCAGGAGACUGAACUGCCUUCUGCGUCCAGAACCAUAAGCGAGUGUUAA